UACAGUUUUUAUCUAAUGCAUUAUAUAAUUCAAAUUCAGGAAUUGAGGUAAAUUACAGUUAUAAAACUACCAUCAGCACAUAAUAAUCAAUGCAGUAUAUGUGUAAGUAUAAUCAUACAGCACAAGGUUAUUUCAAAGGUUCAUGCUGGAAGACUCUUUAGUUCUAUUUUUUGUGUAAGGUGAUAGUGGAUGCAGUGUUCCUCUGGCCACACCUCAAGCUACCCAGCACAGGUGUGUCUCUGCCUCUGACAAAACCUGGUAUGUGAUGUGGUGGAAACUGAUUCAUAAGUUCCUUGCCUAAAAAAAGGCAUUCAAUACAUGGUUGAGCCCUGCUGUUAAAAACAUCCUGACUGGACCAUGUGCAAAUUCUGGAAUGAGUUGGUAAUGCUCCUGAUGGUGGUGAAUGUUUUGGCAUGGACAUCAGCUAAUAAAGGGAGGAAGCGCAAACAGGAAAGCCACCAGGACCCUCACUUCCAGAAGAAUGGCUCCUCUUUAAAAAUGCCUCUGGACCCAAUCUUGAAUAUCGAGGCUACACCAGGGUCAGGAGACAUAGACUUUGAUAAAACUAUAGAGGACAUGGUGUCCCAGGUAAAGAGCAACCCGGCUUUGUCCAAAAGUAAAUGUGUGGUGGACCGGCAGCUUUGGAUGUCCAACAGUCGGAGCCUCUCCCCAUGGUCCUACAGAAUCAACCAUGAUGAGAAGCGCAGGCCCGUGGACAUCCCGGAGGCUAAGUGCUCGUGUUCAGGCUGCAUCAACCCGUUCACCAUGCAGGAGGACCUCUCCAUGAGCAGCGCGCUGAUCUACACCCAGCUCCCGGUCCGCAGGCUGCUGUGUGACCCGCCGUCCGGCCGCAAGGCCCGCCGUAAGAAAUGUGUCCGCCGGUACCGGACCGUGGUGGAGAGCAUCGCUGUGGGCUGCACCUGUAUAGUGGGCUGAUCAGAAUCACAGAGAGGAACACAAUGAACUUUCUGCAUACAUAAAAAAUGUAUAAUAAUGUAUGUACGCUUUGGUAUUUGGUUGUGCAUGUUUUUAUAAUUACUGCUUAUGUUCACUUUGUUAAAAUAAACCUUUUUAAAAAUCCAAAUCUAAUCCUUCAUGAUUAUUGGAGAAGGCUAAUGUAUGGAAGUAAAACAGUGUCACCAGAUUUUGAAUUUUAAAAGCACUUGAAUUUUUAGCACUGAAUUAUUUUACAUUGAAUUAUUGCAUGUGAUUUUUUUGCCUCUGAAUUAAACACUUUAAUUUUUCAGUAUAUCAUUUUCACUUAUUUUAUUUUAAUGUAAAAAAAUUCAAAAGCAAAAAUUCAAGUUUUAAAAAUUCAAUUAAAAUAAAUUCAGGUUGCUCAAAUUCGACUGCUAAAAUACAACGCUCAAAAUUCGCUGUAAACAUCCGGGACACACAGGAUGAGCAAUCGAUUCAGUCUUCAAUCGAGCCAACAACCAGCCAAUCAUAUCACGCUCCGAAGAUCACGUGACAGGUAGAGCCUCACGGCCAGUAGUACAGCAGAGCCGCUCAACGCGGCUCACGGCCCCCUCCGCUGCUGCUCU